AUGUGUCAGGAACUUUGGAUCGAAUCCUUCUUGUGGUUGGGCCUAGUCGGUGAGUUGAUCUACUCAGUAGCAGGACUUGUUGGACUCACUGGAGACGGCCAAUGGCAACCCCUGCGUUUCUCCUAUUCUUUAUUGAUACAGGUCGGAACUCAGACAUUCCUGAUCUAUCUGGCCUCAAGAGUGAAGGUUGGUACAGCAUCCAGGCAAAACCAGCCUGGAAAACAAGCAAUCACUUUUCUCUUAGCGGCUAAUCUGUCGAUCUUUUUAAUGAAUCUCUUCGAAAGUGAAAAACCGGGCAUCUCUGAAAGCAUUAUAGAUUUCUACGGAAAACGGUCAUGGGUGUUUCUGGUUCGCAGCUUCUCUCCUUUGACGAUCUUUUACCGAUUUCAUAGCUCUGUUUGUCUUGCAGAGAUUUGGAAAAAUGUUUAUGCGAAUAAAUAA